GUUGUUGCCAAGCCUUGGGACCAUGACUGACUGAUGGAGGAUAUCUUCAAAAUUUACCCAGCCUUGAGGGAAGUAUUCCAGCCUUGCUUUCUUUGGAAUAAGCCGCUCUGUUACGUCUUGAUGUCCGUUACAUGUGUCGACUUCUUAAGUUUCAGAAUCCUAAUCUACUAGUAAUCAUUGGCCACGCGCAACUUCUCAUCUUCAUUCUCCAUCUUCUUGUCACUACAUAUCCUUAACUUUACCUUUGUUUUGUUCAGCUCACUGAAGGUUUGAAUUGCAUGACCGCCUUAGGUAAUGACAUGGACAUUUAUCUGUCAUUAUUUUAGAUGUGCAAGAUCAAAUGUUCAUCUAACAUUACAUUCUAUACACGGUCUGGACUACUCUAGAGGUUCGCUGCUUGCCUUCUUUGGGCUAUCUACGGAGAUUUUAAUCCAUACGGCGCUUCUACAUACACUUCCUGUUGAAGUAUACGUAGGUAGUUCCUACGCAUCUUAAAUACCUAUUCUUGGCGAUUUAGCGCCUUCGACUCAAGAACACCACCCAGAUGACGUCUCAGGCACCCGAACAUGUGAGAAGUCGAGAUUUCAGGUCUCAGGCCAGUCUUCGUCCAACUUCUGUUCAGAUCGGAUCUGACGACCCAUCAAUAAUAGAGGAAGCUCAAAAUUUACUUUCACAGUUUAUGAGGCACUCGUCUCAUGAAACCCAAGGUUCCCAGAGUGGAAACAGGGCCACUUCGCAGAAGGUUUCCAACUCAAGAAUUGAACACAGUUCUGGGUCGGUUGAUGACCCUCAAGUAGUAUACGUUAUCUCAGAUGACUCUGCACUUGAGUCCGCGCCAGAAAAUUAUACAGUCCCGUCAGCACGACGACGGCACUCGGUGCGUCACCCUCGCCUGAGAAGCUCACGGACAACCCCUGGGUUAGGGAGCUUUUCCAAAAGUCCAGGGAACGAUAGCGAAACAGACUCCGUGUUACCUCCAGCAAGAGAGAAAUACACAAAUAAUUCCAAUCUUGACCGGCAGACAACGUACUCACCAAACUUUUUAAGCGCCAGGAAAUCCCCUGUCAAAAACAAUGAUAAGGCACCAAGAACUAGGCGUUCCGCACGAUCAAGAACCGGCCCUAUAAACUACUACAAGAAACUCAAUCUGUCUAGUUUUGAGUCUGAAGAGGAACAUUCCGGUAAUGAAGAUGAUGAUUCAUUGGCCAAUUCAGACCAGCCACAACAACGUCACGACUGUUCCCGUUCGUGUGAUCUCUCAACGCCUCCUUGCUACCGAGAUAGCCAGCUCAUCGAUCACAUGCAAUACUCUGUUAUAUACCACUCAUCUAGGGUACAAAUACUCAAGUCACCCUUCAAAACACUAGACGACUUCAAGGGUGUCGCACAUGCACGUUAUCGCCCAGAACGUAAUCCAGCCGACUAUGCUAAGGGACUAAGGGAAGAGGACUUGGCGUCAGACAGCAUCCUUCAUUUUGAUUUUGAUCUAAAGGAAAUGACCGCAGUGCUAAAUUUGCUGUCAUUUAGUGAAUGCCAAUGGCGUUCUGCUCCAGACAUUGCUCUUACCGAUCAACUUAUACAAGUCGCAUCCACCUACAAUAUACACCCUAAAUUCUUCAAGAAGAUUUCGUCUAUUUUGAAAUUGUCUAGGUUACUCUCAACUGAAGACGUGAGCGACGGCAAUGCUUUGCUCUUAGAAAUGUUGGCAUCAACUCCAUGCACAAAGGAGCUACGACGUGCUAGGAGAAUCGCAAUGCGACUCCUGGGGUCACAAGAGAAACAAAGGACUGAAGGCUCUUCCACCCCAGGCAAUCAACGCGGCCAUAAAGUCGAGGAACUACGUAGACUGUCGGGCUAUUUAUCAUUUGCAUCUGCAUUAGGUCGGCGCCAGUGCGCAGAUAUAGAAGCAUUCAUUGUCGACGCCAAGAAAGGCCACCUCCCAACUGUCCCAUCUGUCAUCAAGGCUGUUAAAUUGGAGGAUGGCAGCUUAGCAACACGCAAAAAUUCUCAAGCAUCUGGCAAUCUAAACAAGCUCUUGCAGGACCGUGAGCUAGGUUGCGCUGUGAGCCGGCAGAUCAGUUCUCGUGUUUUGAGCAACCUCGGGCUUUCGAGGACUUGGAAAGGUGCCUCGAAUGAUGUUAUAGUUCUAGCAUGGUCUCCUGAUGGAACUAAGUUUGCAGCAGGUGCUACAGCUCAAUGCGACGAACAUAACAUGGAAUACAACCGAGGGAACAAUCUGAUUCUCGGAGAUUUGAUCACUGAUAGUCUGGAGGAAUUGCCAGACCAUUGGAGCCCUCGUCCGCCGGGGUUUUCAAGGGGAACUAUGAAUGAUCAUCGUUUGUUUAUGAGUGUAACAGCGUGCGAAUGGUUCGAUGAUACCCUCUAUACUGCUAGUUAUGACAAGACCGUCAAACUUUGGAGAUUCCCUAAUCACAGAGCAUCGUGCUACAAGACACUUGACCACGACUCUAAAGUCCAAGUUAUGGCUCGGUCUAACCUUGCAAAGAAUGUGCUAGCGACAGGCACCCAGUCUGUCGGUUUCUGGCAACUAGAUGAAUCAACGUACAAUGUCCUGGACUUGCCUCGGCAGCGUUCUAAAAGAGAAAUUGACCUCAUACCAACGUCUCUUGCUUGGGGUACCAUCCCAAUUACGAGAGAGAUACUAAUUGCUGGAAUGUCUGAAAAGGGCGAUGGUGUGACCCAUAAUGGUCUUCUUGCAGCUUGGCAUAUAGCCGAAGCAUCAUCCACUCCAAUACAGUUAAGCCCAAAUUCACAAAAUAUCUUUGAUGUGAAGUGGCACCCUUGUCUUCCGUUAUUUGCUACGGCAAGCUCCGCAAAAGGAGGUGGUACGACUCUCUUGAGUUCUAAAAGCACUAGGUCUGUGGUCCGUCUAUACUCGCCACUCAUCUCCAAAAUGCGUACCAUGGAACUUGAGUGCCCUGCUUUGGACAUAAAUGAUGUGACUUUCUGCCCAGGCAAUUCGAACUAUGUGACUGCCAGCUGUACUGAUGGGAUCACCUAUGUGUGGGACACGCGUAACCCGGACACUAUACUGCACAAGCUUCAUCAUGGCGAGCCGCUCAAUCAGAUAGAUGAAACCCUUCCUAGAGAACAAGCAGAUGUUGGGGUAAGAUUGGCAUUGUGGGGGAACUCGGUAACCCAAUUCUAUACUGGGGCAUCAGAUGGUAUCUUGAAAACCUGGAAUGUAUUGAGGUCUCCUGAUGAUGCUCUUGUUCAGGAUGUUGCUUCUUUUGGAGAGGAGAUCAUGUCCGGGGCUUUCUCGCCGGAUAGAUCUAAUCUGUUGAUCGGCGAUGCUGCCGGGGGUCUUCAUCUAUUAUCCCCCAACACCUUUGCCGAUGAGACCCUGCCUUUUAAAUUCAAACGCGCUUCUGAAGACCCAUUCUUUGAGAAUGAUCCCGACUCUGGGUCAGGCAUCAUGGCUGCUCGUAAGGCCAUCUUAGAUGGUCAUCUUUCGCGCCAUCCAAUUUAUGGUGUAGGCCAAGGCCCUCGUUACAAUGGGCCUUACGCGGCAUGGGCCCGUCCAGAUAAUACCCCUAGGCAUCAACUCGGACAGACAAAGUUGAAGGAGGAAUGGCAGUUAAGGCAGCUUGACGGUGUUCCUCCUGCUCUUCGACCUGGUUUAAAUGAUCAACUGCGGAGAGAAGUUGAAUGCCAGAGACAGCUUGCUCAGAUUCGCAACGGACAGCACGUGAAUAAAAGGAAGAGACUGGAACCUGGCCAUUAUACGAAAAGUAGGGGCGCUCUUGACGACUUGUGCAGUGAUGAUGGUUUCUGGGCAGCGCCGGUCAAGCCCAAGCGACUAGCUGCAGAACCAAAACAUGCCAUCAUUGAAAAUGCAAACAUCGAGAUCAUAGAUCUUACGGGUGAUAGUGAUACGGAGUAUGCGAAGCCGCCAAAGGAUAGCUUGGCCUUUCCCACUACUCAAGGUGCAGAGAGCUACUCUGGAGUUGGGCACCCACUUGAGGGAUUUGAAGGAAUAUUGGAGGAUGAUCACUGGUGGCCGUCUAGUGACCAAAUAGACCCAAACUUCCAUGAUGCUGAUGUGUAGUUUUGUAAGAGUUGGGUGAUAGAGUUUGCUACUGGUCUUGCAAUAAGGCACAGUUGGGAUGUGUAGAUAUCAAUAACUUGUAUAUAGAAUUUGCAGCCAAUGUGGUAAAUUUCUCAAACGAGGAUUAAUUGAGCACUAUCACAUAAUUCUGCACUCGCACAUCUCGC